AUGGCGUCGGCUAUCUUCUUUUUAGAUUUGAAGGGCAAGACCCUUCUAGCCCGAAACUACCGCGGAGACAUUCCCAUGUCCGCGGUCGAGAAAUUUCCUAUCCUCCUCAGUGACGCAGAAGAAGAAAGCUCCGCCGUACCGCCAUGCUUCUCUCAUGAAGGAAUCAAUUAUCUUUACAUCCGUCACAGCAACCUUUAUAUCCUCGCGUUGACAAAGAAGAACACCAAUGCGACCGAAAUCCUCCUCUUCCUCCACAAAGUCGUGGAGGUCUUCACGGAAUACUUCAAAGUCUUGGAGGAAGAGAGUAUUCGCGACAACUUUGUCAUCAUCUACGAAUUGCUUGAUGAGAUGAUGGACUUCGGAUACCCACAAACUACGGAGAGCAAGAUAUUGCAAGAGUACAUCACACAAGAGUCGCAUAAGCUCGAAGUCCAAGCGCGUCCCCCUAUUGCCGUUACAAAUGCGGUCUCCUGGCGAAGUGAAGGAAUUCGCUAUCGGAAGAACGAAGUCUUCCUUGAUGUUGUCGAGUCUCUGAAUCUCCUCGUAUCUGCGUCUGGGAAUGUCCUGCGAUCUGAGAUUCUUGGUGCUAUUAAGAUGAAGUGCUACCUGAGCGGUAUGCCGGAACUUCGUUUGGGUUUGAAUGACAAGGUCAUGUUUGAGACGACGGGUCGUGCUACAAGAGGCAAGGCUGUCGAGAUGGAGGACGUUAAAUUCCACCAGUGUGUUCGACUCUCGAGAUUCGAGAACGAUCGAACGAUCAGUUUUAUACCCCCGGAUGGAGAAUUUGAGCUCAUGAGCUAUCGCCUAAACACACAAGUGAAACCCCUUAUCUGGGUCGAAUGUCUGGUGGAGUCGCACUCAGGCUCUCGAAUGGAGUAUAUGUUGAAGGCCAAAGCACAGUUCAAGCGCCGCAGCACGGCCAAUAAUGUGGAGAUCCUUGUGCCCGUACCGGAAGAUGCAGACUCGCCGCGCUUCCGCACGAACAUUGGAACGGUUCACUAUGCGCCAGAGAAAUCCGCUAUUAUCUGGAAAAUUAAGCAGUUCGGUGGUGGAAAGGAGUUCCUGAUGCGUGCCGAGCUUGGUCUCCCAUCUGUCAAGGGAGAUGACGAGCACGGAGGUGGUAUGACUGGAGGUUUCGGAGGCAGCAUGGGCGGCACUGGAGGCGGCAAAGCCAAACGGCCCAUCAACGUCAAAUUCGAAAUUCCUUACUUCACUACAAGUGGUAUUCAAGUACGGUACUUGAAGAUUACUGAACCCAAGCUCCAAUACCCCUCCCUACCCUGGGUCCGUUAUAUCACGCAGUCAGGCGACAUUGCGGUCCGUAUGCCAGAUGUACAAUGA